UCUCAGGCCAAGAACCUGGCAACCCUAUCACCAGCUGAAGGCCAGUGCUUUAGAUGUUCAACCCCAUGCUACAGCCUUCAGAUUCUGUUGGUAGAUUCUGGGAAGAGCUGUCAACUCAUCCAGAGUGUGAUGUGAACCCUCCUAAUGACAGGACACAUGAACCAGCUAACUCUUCUGUCACACACCUGAUCAAAUCAGAAGUGGAGGAAACCAAAUCCUCCCAAAUGCCUGCGAUGUGGAUCCCUUCAUCAAUAGGAAGGCAUGAUGACAUUGACAUGGAACCCAGCAAUGACCUCCAAAGAGCAAAAGGAAGUCUCCGUAUAGGGACAAUGAUCAAUUUACCUGAAAGAAUCUCAAGGACUUCUGAGCUUCCUAAAGACUCGGGGGCUUUUGCUGAAGAACUGGAGCUGCUGCCUGACCACUCCUUGCUCAUGGAUAUCGAGCCUUCAGAAUCAGCGGGACUUUCAUCAAGCCCACCUGUGGCUCCUUUGCCACAACCUCUGUUAGCACAGUCUCAUGGUGACAUUGUCAUGCUCGAUGAAACAAUUAUCAGGAAGUCAAAGGACAUUCAGAUUCUAGAGCGGGUUGGGGAAACGCUACGGCAAAAGAAACUCCGUGCAACCCAGGCUUGAGGUAGCAAAUGGACUUUUGGCCAAUAUUAUGUGCAACAAAUAGGGAACCAUGAUAUAGUGUGGGCAGGGCCAUGAAAGAAGUAAAUUCUCCAUCUGGCCAUUGCCUCUUUUCUUCUCCUUGCAUGCCUUCUCUCAGUGGAGGUUGGCCCAUUUGGGCAAGUGGGGCACUGCCCUACCAACCUCAGUCUGCCCUCAGCUGGCCCACUGCCUGCCUUCUCACUUACAACUAGUCCAGGGGGUGGCAUUGGUUGCCAGCUUCUUCCUCCUCAGUCUCAGGGUUGCUCCUUGAAGAAGGGAAGAGAGUGGAGACAAAACUAGAAUUAGUUGGCUCUGCCUGUCACCUGCUGUGAUUCUGCCCAUCAUCCGCUCUGGCUUGGCCUACUGUGGGCUUCCCUGCCUUCCGCCCUACCAGUCCUCAUGGGUAUCAGCCAUCACUGCCUUACAGACAGACCGAGAGAAGGCAUGGAAACUGCUUGUAGUGAAGCCCAGCGGUUUCUCUCUCUCUCACACACACUCUCUCUCUCUCUCUCUCUCUCUCUCUCUCACACACACACACACACACACACACACUCUCUCUCUCUCACACACACACACUCUCUGUCACACACACACUCUCUCUCACUCACACACACACACUCUCUCUCUCUCUCUCACACACACACACUCUCUCUCUCACACACACACACUCUCACUCUCUCUCUCUCUCACACACACUCUCACACUCUCUCUCACUCUCUCUCUCUCUCUCUCUCUCACACACACACACACACACGCACACGCACACACACGCACACACACAACAUCUCUCACUGAAUAGUUUAAUUGGGUGAUCCUGAGUUCUGGUAUAAUGAGGGAGAAAAACAAGUCCACACCUCUUCUUCUCCACACCAAGCAAAUAAGCCUGUAACAUCUUUAUUUCUUUUCACAUACAUAUCCCACCUUUUCCAUCAUGGGACCCAAAGAAGCAUAUAUCUGGUUCUCAUUAAAGUGAUCGCCCAUCCAGGCACUGACCCAGACUCGUUUAGCUUCCACAAGCUGCUGGCCUCAUGUGCCUUCUGAUCAUACCCUGAGAAAAUCCCUUGAAGCUUAGACAAGCUUUAUGCAAAAAGUCCUCGGUUCUGUCCUCAGCAUCUCAAAGCCGGGCUGGGGAAGACUCCUGCCUGAGGUGCUGCCAGUAGGCAGUAUUGAGCUGGAUGGGCCAAUGGGGUGUGACUUGGGUAAAAGGAGCUUCCGGCUGUCCUUUUCUGCACCUUUUCUUGCUCUGUGCAACUGCAUUCUUACUGUCAGGAGACACCAGAGUUCCAUGUAUUUUAAUGCUUUAAUUUUGUGGAGAUGCAUGGCUAGGAAUUGCUCAUGAAUGUUGCCUUCCGUUUUUGCAGCGAUGUUGAAAUGAAUCACCUGGCUCCUUUGGUUCUUUUCUGCUCUCUGUGAAUGGCUGACACCGCUGGGCAUAAACGGACUUUCACAGCUUCUCAAAUAGACACGUUUAAAAAUAGCUCCAGUGAAAUAAAACAUACGCUGGGGAAAAAGAAAGUUGUCAGCUGAGGUUUUUUUUCUUCUUAAACCAAGAUGGACAGAUUUAUGUCCUCCAGUUUAAAUGUUACUUUGACAUGGUACAGGGAUUCAAAUUAGGCUCACGGCUCCUAUUGAACACUUUGAGGAAGCAAUCCUAUACAUGCUUACCUAGAAGUA